AAAAUAUAAUGUUACGUUAGGGUUUUGCCCGGGCGGAAGGGAAAGGCAUUCAAAAAAACUCCCGAAUUUCAAAACCCUAGACGAUCACCUGCAACUCGAAGCCUGAAGAACACAGUGGAGAGGAAGAUGAGCUCCACUGUACAGAGAACUCCCAAAUCUGGAAGACAGUCGUUGCUCUUCCAUGAUUUGGCGACGCCUGUUUCUACUCGUAGAGGAGGAGGAUCAUCGGCCGCAGCAGCAAAAUUCACGAGCCCUGGCCAGGCCGCCGCCGUUUCCGCUCUCUGGCGCGAGAAUUUUUCCAGCUCCGACCUUCCUCCUCCGCCCGUUUUCACUCUUGAAGACCGCUCCGACUUUUCUCCGGAAUCUGGAAUUCCGGACUUUCCGGUGUCGCCGGAGGUGAAGUCGGACCCGAGAACGCCGGUUACCGGCUCAGGACGCGAGUUUUCAACUCCGAAGAGCAAGUCUGAGGUGAGUACUUCGUAUGCCUUAAUCGGUGGGCAGCUGCAAAGGCAGCAGAACCUGGUGUCUAGUUUGAGUUGGUGGUCGCCUGGGAAGAGUGGGGCUUCUGGCGAGCAAGAGGAUAAGGGAAAGGGUUCGCCCGUCGAAGGUAUCGUGCAGCCUGGCGCUUUAAUUACGCUCCCACCUCCUAGGGAAGUUGCCCGACCGGAAAUACACUCGAACUCCUCGCCUGUAGGAAACCUUGACGAGGAAGAAUGGGUCACCGUUUAUGGAUUUUCUCCUGGAGACACCAAUUUAGUUUUGCGGGAGUUUGAGAAAUGCGGUGUGAUUUUGAAACACAUUCCGGGCCCUAGAGAUGCUAAUUGGAUGCACAUUCUGUAUCAGAACCGAUCUGAUGCUAACAAAGCGCUAAGCAAAAACGGCAUGCAAAUAAAUGGAGUUCUCAUUGUUGGAGUGAAGCCGGUUGAUCCUGCUCAACGGCAGGUUCUGAAUGAAAGGAUGAACAAUCCAGGAUUCAUGAGCUUACCGCCUCAACCAUGGAGUAAAAGCUCGGAGUCAAAUCCUUUGAGAGCCUCUUCCACCCCCUACUAUCUUCAAAACGGCAAUACUGGCGCACGGCAGUCAUCUGGUACCAUUGCUUCCCCUGCAAAAUCUGUUGUAUCCAAAAUUAUGGAUUUGAUGUUUGGUAUCUAGUCGUAAUUUAAAAAUACACGAACAAAAAUUUGUUGUCCAGCUGGGGCACCUUUUUCUUCGAUUACCCUACGCUAAACUUUUUUCUACCAGCAUUACAGCUGUUGUAAUUCCAUUUUAUGGUUGGAAUAUUUUUUUUUGGGGGGGAGGGGGGGGGGGGGGGGGGGGGGGAUGCAAAACUCUCAAAUUAAUUUAAGUUUACACACUUUUUAUCUUCUCGGUGAUAUUGUCUGUUUGGGUAAAAGAAAUAUCAAUUCCCCUCUCCACUUUCUUUAUGUUGUUGGGCUGCCAAAUGUGGGGCUUCUUUCGGUAGUUGUUUGAAACCUAUAUCUUGUUUCUGUUCCCCUUAUGUCUGAAAGUCAUGUGCAACGGUGAACUUCCAUUGUCAUUGUCAAUUAAAAGCUAUUUUUA